AUGGGUGUUCACGGGCUAUGGACCGUUGUCCAGCCUUGUGCACGGCCCGUCAAGCUGGAAACUCUCAACAAGAAGCGGUUGGCAGUUGAUGCAUCGAUUUGGAUAUAUCAGUUUUUGAAGGCGGUGCGUGAUAAAGAAGGAAACGCACUCCGUAAUUCUCAUAUCGUGGGCUUCUUCCGUCGGAUCUGCAAACUGCUUUACUUUGGAAUCAAGCCAGUGUUCGUAUUUGAUGGCGGUGCUCCAACAUUAAAGCGACAAACAAUAGCCAAUAGGAAGAAGAGACGAGAAGGUCGCAGAGAAGAUGCCGUCCGCACGGCUGGAAAGUUACUUGCUGUGCACAUGCAAAGGACUGCCGAGGAAGAGGCGGCCAGGCGCAAGCACAACACGGGCAGGCAAGAGGAGGAGGUGUCGGAUAAACCAGUAUAUGCGGACGAGGCAUUCAUGACAGAUAAGGAGAAGCAAAACAGCCGUUCAUUCAGAAAGAAAGAUGCGUAUCAUCUUCCGGAUUUGCAUGUGUCGCUUGAAGAGAUGGGUGCCCCCAAUGAUCCCCGUAUCAUGUCUCGGGAGGAACUAGAGGAGUAUGCAAGGCAGUUCCACCGGGGGGAAGAUAUCAAUCUUUACGACUUCUCUAAAAUCGAUUUUGACAGCCCUUUUUUUAUCAGUUUGCCGGCUACCGACCGGUACAAUAUCUUAAACGCGGCUAGACUUCGGAGUCGUCUACGAAUGGGAUACUCGAAAGAGCAGUUGGAUGUCAUGUUUCCAGAUCGUAUGGCUUUCUCCAAAUUUCAAAUCGAGCGAGUCAAGGAGCGGAAUGACCUCACUCAACGUCUGAUGAAUAUUAAUGGCAUGAAUGGGGAAGAGGCGUUCUACAACUCAGGGCAAAGAAUUGCUGGAGAGAGGGGUAAAGAGUACGUUCUGGUCCAGGACAGCGCCAUUGAAGGCGGUUGGGCGCUAGGAGUCGUGGGGAACAAAGAUGAGGGCCGUGAGGGCAAGCCCAUUGACGUCGAUGCAUACGGAAUGCAAGAUAUUCUACCAGAAAGGGGUGAUGUAUCAGAUGACGACGGAGGCUUUGAAGACGUGCCAAUUGAGGGCCUCAACCGACUCCCUAAACUUCCUUUUCUUCGAGAGGGUGCUCUUGAUGAAUCAAUCCGACAGCAGAUGCAGAAAGCUCUUGGGAGAAGAGCUAGCCUUAGCUCACGAGACUUCGAGGAUGACUCCCUAUUUGUUCAAGAUGGUGACCAUCAAUAUCUACAAGGCGGUCGAACGAUGCAUGAUCUGUUUGAGGAUGGUGGCGAGAAUGAGGAAGAAGAUCUUCAGAAAGCAAUAGCAAUGUCGCUUCAGAGUGAAGCGUUGGGGCAACAGGACAAAGGUAUGCCUGACAUACCGAUCAAUAGAAACACUGCCCCUCUGUCAACCCAAGAGUCGGCUUUCAACUUUGAGCCUGCAAGUGACGAUGAUGGACUUGAUUUUGGAGCUGCGUUAGCACAAUCAAAGAGGACCAAGAAAGAGCCAACCAAGACCGCUGCGCGCCCCGUUAUCGACAAUCCCUUCGACGGGCCACUGCCUUUCGAGUCCAUGAAACUUAACAAGCCGUCUCAGAUAGACAAGCCGCGGGAUAAGGAAGUUGAUGAGCAUGCCGGUGGUUUUGAAAAAGACGCUGAUACAAAACAGAAAGAGAGCAUUACGCUACCACCAUGGUUCUCGGGAGACAAUUCAAAUGCUGAAUUUAUUGCCGAUAACGCCGGCAAUGCCAAUAAUGGAUCGUUGCAAAGCUAUCGGGGUGCAGUUAUGACCCCACACCACGUCUUUCUGAAAAAUCAUCAAUCCCCCAAGGUUAUCGAUGUUGACAAGCUACCGAAAUCCAAUGAGGUUAUUGAUCUGGAGUCGGAUGCGGAAGACAAGAGCAACGCCGCUGCUCAGGCUACUUUAGAUAGUGCAGAAAUCCUGGCAGGUACCAAUGCUCUGCCACAAGCGCAGGAAAAUAAUAUUCCUAUAUCAGUUCCCAAGCUGGAUUUAUCUUCAGACAAGCAGAGCCGUGAAAAAUAUGCUACUGAUGGAAGGGUUGGUUCUAGCGAACACGUGCCGGUGCAGAUUGAAUCCCCACCACCCCAGCUAAAGGAUGUAGCAAUUCAGCCGGAAGUAGCAGAAGCUACAUUGCGCACUGAGCCCUCACCUUCACCCGAGUUUGAGAAUGUUGCAAUUCAACCAGAAGAACAUAUUCCUAAGAGCAUUGCCACCGAGUUGAAACCAGAAUAUACCGCUGAAAUAAGCCUAGCCGAAAACUUCGCCGAUGAAGAGGAUGGGUUCUCGGACCCGGAAGAUGAGGAUUUGAUGCGCCAGCUUGCGGCUGAAGGCGAAGAACAUGUCCGAUUUGCGGCCACAUUGAACUCUGCACCGCAUGCUGAAAGCACUUUCAACUACGAACAAGAGCUCAAACAAUUGCGCGCACAACAAAAGAAGGACCGCAGAGAUGCAGAUGAGGUGACACAGAUCAUGAUUACAGAAUGCCAGCAAUUACUGGCUCUGUUUGGUCUACCAUAUUGCACGGCGCCCAUGGAAGCCGAAGCGCAAUGUGCGGAGCUGGUCUCGCUAGGUCUUGUCGAUGGUAUUAUUACCGAUGAUAGCGAUAUUUUCUUGUUUGGUGGCACGCGAAUCUACAAGAACAUGUUCAAUCAAAGCAAGUUUGUCGAGUGCUUCCUCGCGUCGGAUCUGGAGAAAGAGUACGCUCUCCACCGGAAGAAACUGAUUAGUUUCUCCCAUCUACUUGGCAGCGAUUAUACAGAAGGUAUCCCCGGGAUUGGGCCCGUCACGGCUUUGGAAAUCAUCACGGAGUUCGCCAGCUUGGAAGAGUUUCGUGACUGGUGGACUCAGGUCCAGAUGGGAACCAACAAGGGCGACGACGAGCAUGCUGCCUUCCAUAAGAAGUUCAAGAAGCAGGCUACAAAAAUUUUCCUGCCGCCGGCUUUCCCCGACGCGCGAGUAGAUGUGGCUUACUUUGAACCGGAGGUCGACUCGGAUCCGUCUCCAUUUCAAUGGGGGGUGCCGGAUCUACAUGGCCUGCGAAACUUCCUGAUGACUACGAUUGGAUGGAGUCAGGAGCGGACCGACGAGGUCCUGGUCCCUGUCAUCCGGGACAUGAACCGUAGGGAGCAAGAAGGCACGCAGUCUAAUAUCACGAACUUUUUCCAUGGCCCGCAAGGAGCGGGAGCGUUUGCGCCGCGUGUUCGCUCAGGCGGGCAGAGUCGGAUGGAGAAGGCGUUCAGUCGGCUUCGACGUGAAGCCGGAGCGAACCAGCAUCCCGGCGCCCCAAUAGGCGAGGAGGCAGAGGUAAAUGGUGGCGAUUCCCCUGGGAGCUCCAGCCACCGAGGACGACCAAGAGGCACCAAACGGAGGACCUUAGAAGACGAGGCGGUGCAGUGUCCUCGUGGAAACGAUACGACCAGUAAGAAGCGGAAGACCCAACGAGGCAGGAAGGAUUAG